CGUAGCACGUGUUUACCCGAUUGAUAACGUGAAUCGUCGAUGUGUAUUUUCGUGUAAUAUAUAAUAUACUUAGGUAGCAAGAUGCCUAAGUCAAAAAGAGAUAAGAAAAUAUCUCUUACGAAAACAAGUAAGAAAGGCCUUGUCUUGAAGCAACAAAUCGUGGAAGAUGUUAGGAACACCGUCGAAAAAUAUGCAAGGAUAUUCCUUGUCUCGGUACACAAUAUGCGUAACAAUAAACUGAAAGACUUGAGAGCAGAAUGGAAGGAUAGUCGGUUUUUCUUUGGUAAAAACAAAGUAAUAUCGUUGGCCUUAGGCAACACGCCGGACAAAGAAAUCGCGGAAGGGCUGCAUAAAUUAGCCGAAGCGUUACGAGGACAGUGCGGUUUGUUGUUUACAAACAGGACUCAGAAAGAGGUUUUGAAAUGGAUGGAAGAGUACGAAGAAGCAGAUUAUGCUAGAUCUGGUUUUAUCUCAAACGAAACCAUAACGUUACCCGAAGGACCUAUGCCAGAGUUUCCACAUAGCAUAGAACCUCAUCUGAGGCAGUUAGGAAUGCCAACAGCUCUCCAGAAGGGUGUAGUGGUGUUAAUCAAAGAGUACAAUGUUUGUAAGAAAGGACAAGCAUUAACUCCAGAACAAGCAAGGAUAUUGAAAUUACUGGAUAAAUCGCUAGCUACUUUUAAAUUGACACCUUUGGGAGUAUAUUCUAAAAAACACGGAUACAAACAACUCGUGUCCAGAGAAGACACAGAAAAAACCAUCGAAGAGGAAAUGGAAGUGGAAGAAACACAAGGAAUUGACAGUACCUGAAAUAUUAAUUCUGAACAAAACCAUGAAGUUUGUGCAUUUUCAUUCUUUUAAAUUUUAAAACAACUGAUAUACAC